AUGACUGACAGGUGGGUCCCAAGGGUCGCCCCGGGCCGUUUGGGGGGCGAACUCAAGACCGAAUCACUGCCCCAUCCGCUGGUGGCUGAGCGCGUGAAUAACUGGGCUCUCAAGUACCUUAAGCGCUCGGUUGAACUGGUGAAGAAAGGAUAUGCUCAAAGGGCCCACAAAGAUUACGAUAUUCCCGAGGUCUUUAUGUUUACCAAAGAGGGUUUCACUUUUGUUUCAUCAUUGUUCCCACCUGAAUACAAGAAGCGAAGGGAUGAUGGCAAGUAUCACAGGCGACAAGCAGACAUCUCUACCCAGUCAAACAGCCAGGGACUUGGUGAUCCAAUCCGGAUGUGGAAUACCCUGUUUGGCGCUAUGUUCCCUGACUCCCCCGCUCAUAUCUCAGACGAGGCCUGA